CCCGGCGUCCAUUCUAGGCGUUUAUCCAGCGUCGGGAACGCCGUUCGCGCCCUGUCCGUUAUACUUGCUCCCCGCGCGCCCAACUCGCCACCCCACAGCGGCCCUGUCUUGACAUGAGCAGCCCGGGCAACGAUGCAGCCGACGACCGCCCGCAGGACUCGCCCGUGUCCCACGACGCCCUCCAGCCCCAAAUGACCAUGCACCCCGUCGCUUACCCCGGCAUGCCCAUGCACAUGUACCCCUUCCCCACCAACAUGUCCCUCUCCCAGCCCCUCCGCACCAAGCGGCGCCAGGUCAAGAACGCCUGCACCAACUGCCAGAAGGCCUGCAAAAAGUGCGACGACGCCCGGCCCUGCCUCCGCUGCGUCAAGUACGGCAUUGCCGAGGAGUGCGUCGACUCGCAGCGCAAGGAGAGGAAAAAGGGGAUUAAGCGAGGACCUUACAAGAAGCGCGAUGGAAAAGGCAGUUCCACUUCAGACCGGGCGGACUCGCCUGGCACCUCGGCCGCGGGCUUACCACCCGCCAUCGCGGCCGCGAUGCCUCCCGCCCAGAUGUCAUACAUGCCCAUGGGCUUCGCCCCUGCUGGCUUUUACCCGCCGUACCCGCCGGGAUCCUCGCCCAAGCCCGGCGAGGCCCCUACGUACAUGCCCCCCUUCUACUUUGCCCCGGUAGCAGUCCCCCCUCAUUUGGCUGCUCCCGCUGGGCAGGAGGGCGAGGGCGCGGUGUACCCAGUGGGCACCCAGUUCUUCUCGGCGCCCAUCCUGGCCACCCACUACGGCCAGCCAUAUGCGCCGUACAUGAUGCCGCAUAAUGGCCAGGUGCCCGUGCCUGCGGGCCCCUUUGCGGCCUACCCGGCCAUCUAUCCCAAGCCGCCCUCAACUGGUGGUCUAAACGGUGAAGGGUCCUCAGGGAGAUCGGGUGAAAAUGGUGACUAAUGUAGGUUGGUCUGCCUUUUCCAAAUACAUGUUUUGUUCUUGUUUUCUUUUCUUGCUUGUGACCUUGUAUAUUGCUUUGCUUCUGCUGUAUUAUGUAUGUUCCAAGGGCAUAUAUUGCUGUUGUUUUGGAUAUAUUCUUGAUGGAUGCUUUGCUCAGCCUAGCUGGAAUGUUUGGAUAAAUGUAUCUUGUGUACUUGGACAAUAUACUAUGCCAUUCAUAUCUG